AUGAGUCUGUCUGAAGCUCAACGCGGGGAGCCCAUCGCAUUGAUCGGCAGUGGUUGUCGCUUUCCAGGCGGUGCAAGUAGCCCUUCUCGUCUCUGGGAGCUUCUGAAAUCCCCCAGAGACUUGGUGAAGAAAGUUCCCAAAGAAAGAUUCAACAUAGACGGCUAUUACCAUCCCGAUGGGCAUCAUCAUGGCCGAACAAAUGCACAAUACGCAUACUUUCUCGAAGAAGAUCCAUAUACGUUUGAUCCAGGCUUCUUCAAUAUCUCCCCCAAUGAAGCCGAUACAAUCGAUCCUCAACAGCGCUUGCUUCUGGAGACCGUCUUUGACAGCCUCCUAUCGGCGGGGCUUAGGAUGGAGGAUCUUCGAGGCUCUCCUACCGCCGUCUACGUCGGAUUGAUGCAACGCGAUUUUCUUGACAACUCAAACUAUGACAUAGAUGCAUUGAGCACAUAUGCCGCCACCGGAGCCGCGGCAUCUAUUCUUUCCAACAGGGUCUCGUACGCGUUUGGCUGGCAUGGGCCUAGUAUGACUAUCGAUACUGCUUGUAGCUCAUCUCUCGUUGCCGUUCACCUUGCUGUUCAGCAGCUUCGAACAGGAGCGAGUCGGGUCGCUGUGGCAGCCGGCUCGAAUCUAAUUCUUGGCCCCACCCCCUUUGUCACUGCAAGCAAGCUCAACAUGUUCUCACCCACCGGCCGUUCUCGGAUGUGGGACGCCGCAGCGGACGGUUACGCCAGAGGUGAAGGCAUUGCCGCUGUCGUUCUCAAGACCCUGACGCAGGCAAUUGCAGAUGGUGACACUAUCGAAUGUAUAAUACGCGAAACCGGCAUCAAUCAGGAUGGCAAGACUCCUGGCAUAACGAUGCCGAGUCCGGCGGCACAAGAGGCGCUGAUUCGGCAAGUCUACAAGACAGCAGGUCUCGAUAUUACGAAACCUGAGGACAGGUGUCAAUAUUUCGAAGCCCACGGAACAGGGACUCAAGCGGGAGAUCCACAGGAAGCCUGUGCCAUCUCGUCUGCUUUCUUCGGCGACAGACAGCGUGCUGUUGACGAAGACCCACUCUACGUGGGCAGUAUAAAGACCAUCAUUGGCCACACCGAAGGUACUGCAGGGGUCGCUGGCCUGAUUAAAGCAUCACAGGUCAUACAGCAUGGCAUUCUUCCCCCAAACAUGCUAUUCAAUGAGCUGAAUCCGAGAGUGGCCCCGUUCUAUUCAGAUCUGCGAGUCGUCACGGAACAACAGGCCUGGCCGGCGCUCAAGUUCAACCAACCACGACGCGUGAGCGUCAACUCGUUCGGCUUUGGGGGAACAAAUGCCCAUGUAAUUCUCGAGUCAUACGUUCCCGCCUCGAAAUUAGCGCUGGAUCCAGCACCAACGCCUUGUCUCGCCCCGAUCGUGCUCUCCGCACACUCUACUGCCUCACUUAGAGCUUCCCUGGAGGACCUCAAGCAAUGUCUAACCAGCCAGCCGGAACUUCGGCUGUGCGAUCUGGCCUGGACACUGCUGAAUAAGCGGUCUGCCCUCCAAGUCCGCCAUACGAUACAAGCAAAAACCGUGCCAGCACUCUGCGAGGCUCUCGACCGCGAUGCACCUUUGGUGUCAGGAAAGCAAGCCGCCACAACGAUAUCGGACGUGAAGAGAAAACCUCAAGUUCUUGGUAUUUUUACUGGACAGGGUGCUCAGUGGCCAGCAAUGGGGAAGAUCCUCAUUUCUGAAGUUGCAUACGCUCGAAAUAUCGUUUCAGAGCUUGACUACAGCCUUCAGAGCUUACCAGCAGAAUACCGACCUCGAUGGAGUCUCAUGCAUCAACUUCUCCUGGAAGGUGAACACUCUAAUGUGCACGAUGCUGCCUUUUCUCAGCCGCUUUGUUGUGCGGUCCAAAUCGUGCUGAUCAAGCUCCUUGAAGCGGCAGGGGUGACAUUCAAGGUUGUCAUCGGGCACAGUUCAGGGGAGAUAGCUUGUGCCUUCGCUGCCGGCUUCAUAUCGGCGUCGCAAGCCAUCCGUAUUGCAUACCUUCGCGGCUUUACCGCAGAAUACGCGCGUGGCCCAGAUGGUAUAGAAGGUGCCAUGUUGGCUGCGGGCACCUCCUUCGACGACGCGAGCGACUUGUGCGCUCUUGAGGCUUUCGAAAAUAGACUAACAGUUGCUGCGAGCAAUGGUCCAGACUCCGUUACGCUCUCUGGAGAUAAGGAUGCCAUCCUCGAGGCAUACGAUAUUCUUAUUGACGAAUCGCGGUUUGCUCGAGUCCUCAAAGUUGACAAGGCUUACCACUCACACCAUAUGCGUCCUUGCGCAGAGCCGUACGUUACCGCUCUGAAAGCUUGUGGGUGUGAUACGUUCACCUCGCGCAAUGCGCCCCGAAGCACUUGGCUCUCGUCCGUACACGAAGGGAAGAUAAUGUGGCUCGAGGACCUUAGCGCGGAGUACUGGAAAGAAAACUUGCUCUCCCCGGUCCUCUUUUCUCCAGCGGUCGAGCUAGCAGUCCUGAAACACACGCCCCUUGACAUUUGCAUCGAGGUUGGCGCUCACCCUGCACUGAAGAAUCCAACCCUGCAGACCAUCCAAAACUGUAUCGGGUCUGACCUCCCGUACGUGGGCUGCAUGGAGCGCAAGAAAGACGACACCGAAGCCUUCGCUUCAUGCUUAGGAUACAUGUGGUUGCAUUUCGGCUCAGCGGCUAUUGAUAUUGACACCUUGUAUAGCAGCCUGUCAAUCAAUGCACAAGUCCGUGAUCUCUCGAAGGAGCUUCCGAGCUAUUCCUGGGACCACUCGCGCUCUUACAGGAAGGAGUCCCGCGCACUUCGCGCCUUGCUUGAUGCAGAAAGGCCUCAUCUGUUGCUCGGCAGGCGCUCUGCCCACAGCACUCCUUUGUCGACGCACUGGCAAAAUUUCAUAUGUCCACGGGAUAUUGAAUGGCUCGACGGCCACUCACUUCAGGGACAGAUUGUGUUCCCUGGGGCAGGCUACGUGGUCAUGGCUAUGGAGGCUGCCGUAAAGCUGAGCGGCGAGCGGAGCAUUCAGCUCUUGGAAGCUCUGGACGUCAAAAUCGACAAGGCUGUUACCUUCGAAGAUGAGAACAGCAUGGUCGAGCUCAACUUAAGCAUUGACGUGGACCCGUCGCAGACUAUGGAUGCAUAUGCCGUGUAUAGUUUCACCAUCAACUCGUGCCUCGCCAGAGAAACUGGGCCCACUCGUUCAGUCGCUGGCACACUCGCCAUCACGUAUGGGUCAGCGACGCGCGAGGCUCUGCCAGCACCCUCGGACGAACCCGCCCACCUCAAUGAUGUUAGCAUCGACCGGUUCUACAACAUGCUCGACGAGGCUGGGUACAACUAUACCAAGCAGUUCCGCGGAAUCACCAGCCUCAGACGCGGUGACGGCAAGGCGUACGGCACCAUUAACUUCCACCGCCUGGAAGACGGCCACCGCAACAUGGUCAUCCAUCCUAGCACGCUCGAUGUUGCCUUUCAGAGCAUGAUUGGAGCAUAUGCAGCUCCUGGUGAUGGGCGUCUACGAUCCCUGCUUGUCCCUACCAGAAUCGGUCGCAUCGCUCUAAACCCGUGGAUUGCUGAUUGGAUCAACGCUUCGUCUAGUCAAGUAGACUUCAUCUCCACCAAUUUGUCAAGCGUUGGUACAAACAUGCAAGGGGAUAUUGAGGUCUUUGACUCCGAGACUAAGGCAACGAUGCUUCACAUCGAGGGUAUUGGUUUUAAGCCCACCUUCCCACCCUCGGCUGCAGACGAUCACGACAUGUACACUAAAUGGAGCUGGGGUCCUCUGAAUCCGGAUCCGUUGCUCAACGAAGUCGAUAGACAUGCCACAGAGCAGGACAAGAAGGACGUUGCAGUUAUCGAGCGGGUUACCUACUGGUAUAUCAGAUUUAUCCUGGACAGGGUGACCGCCGAGGAUCGUGAGAAAGCACCCUUCCACUUCGCAAAGUAUAUCCAAUGGUGUGAGCAUGUACUCAGUGAAACCCAAGGCGGUCGCAACGUAUGGUACACACCAGAUUGGGAUAAAGAUACACGUGCCGAUAUCGAAGAAAUGAUCCGAAAAAAUAUAUGCCAACCGUUCAUCCGUCUCAUCCAGAGAGUUGGCGAAGGUGCUUUGCAAACAUUCCGCAACAAUGAGAAUGCCUUCGAUCUCCUGGACCACGACGGCCUGCUCACGGAGUUCUACAGCGGGGAAGUGAGUUAUGGCCAAUCUUAUUACUAUUACCAACGGAUGCUCGAGCAAAUCACCCACCGCUACCCGAACAUGGACGUUCUUGAAGUCGGAGCGGGCACAGCAGGAGCGACACGAUUAUUUUUGAACCAUGAUCAACUCUCUUUUAACAGCUACACCUUCACCGAUAUUUCCCGCACCUUCUUCGAACCCGCCGCCAAAGAGUUUGAGCGACACGCAGCAAAGAUGGAUUUCCAACCACUCGACAUCCGCCUGCCCCCUAGCGAACAGGGAUUCAAGCCUAACUCAUAUGACUUGAUCGCGGCGUCCAAUGUGCUCCACGCCACACCGAACCUCGAAGUGACUAUGGCAAACGUCCGGUCGCUGCUGAAACCUGGGGGUCGAUUGAUUGUCAUUGAAAUUGCGCACCGCGAGCAUACUCGUGUCGGAUUCAUCUUUGGGCUGUUCCCAGAUUGGUGGUCCGGUCAUGAGGAAGGCCGUGUGUUGGAGCCCUUCAUUUCUUACGAUGAAUGGGACAAAUUACUGAAGAGAACCGGGUUCUCUGGCAUUGACAGCCGCUCUUUUGAUCCAGACAGUACAACCUUCCCAAGCGGCGUAUUCCUUUCCCAUGCCGUAGACGACUUUAUAAGGAAGCUGGAUUCGCCCCUGACUGCUCCUUUGGAGGACUCUUAUAGGCCACUAGUUAUCGUCGGAGGUUCCUCGCCAAAGACGGCUGAGCUCGUUGUUCGACUCCCCGACAUUCUACCGGUACGCAAAAUUGACACCGUCCCAAGCUUCCGAGAGAUCAUCGACUUUGACUUACACCCGGGGUCAACAUUCAUUGUACUCUCGGAGCUUGAUGAGCAUACCUUUGCGGCAUUGGACAACGAAAAGUUCGAUGCCUUACAGACCAUCUUCAAUGCUGCUCGCCAUGUCUUGUGGGUGACUGAAAACGCUUGGAAUGAGAAUCCCCAGCAAGCACAGUCAAUCGGCCUACUUCGUACAUUGCGUCAUGAAUAUCCCGACAUUCAGAUCCAACUGCUGGAUGUUGACAACGUUCGAACCCUGGAGCCUCGUUCCCUGAUCGAGACGGUGCUGCGUCUGGAACAUGGCGCGAAAUGGGAGGACGGCGACCUUCUAUGGACUCAAGAGCCCGAGCUGUACUUAUCUGGCGGCAAGGUCCUGAUAUCGCGUCUCAAACGUGAUGUAGAGAGGAACAACCGACUAAAUUCUGGCCGCCGUCCCAUCCUGGUCGACCUAGACCCACGAAAAGAGAAUUUGAGCUUGGAAUACGAUGAAGGAAAGCCUUUCUUCGGAGCCAAUGUAGAGCGGUUUAUCCCCUUGUUCCCUGACGAGACCUCGGUGAAGGUCCAUGUGCAGUACUCGCUCGCAAAGGCUCUCCGUAUCGGCCGAUUAGGGUUCUACUAUCUGAUUCAGGGCAACGUUGCCGGUUCAGAGGAUACGAUCGUGAUGGCUUUAUCGGACCGCAAUGCUUCCCAUGUCCAAGUACCUUCUCGCCAAUGUAUCCAUGUCGGAAGGAGACAGGAGUGGGCCAAGUCGCCGCUCCUGGACAUCUCGGCGAACAUUGUCGCCCUCACUCUGAUGUCUGACCUCGUGCAAGGUUCGGCGGUGCUCGUCUUUGAGCCUCCCAGCUUCUAUGUUGAGAGUCUGCGCGACCAAGCCGCGGCUGCCGGCAUCUCACUGACGUUUGCUUCCACCAAGGCUGCGCCCAAAGUGAGCGGUAUCCAGUGGAUUAGUCUACACGAUAGGGAGACUGAGCGAAGCCUCCGCCAGAAACUGCCCACGAAGACUUCCGUGCUAUACGAUUUGGUUGCCGAUCAGAAUCCGGCAAGUCUGAGCUGUCGGCUUGUCAGGUGUCUUCCACCUGGCUGCUCAGUCCGUGGCCCAGACCACUUGUUCCAGAAUGUCGCGACACCAAUGUCGGAACUGGGCUCUCAAGCAGCGACCCAGAUACUGGCUGAAGCUGUUAAAACCGUGCGAAAAUCCAGCGAUAUCGACAGUAUGCCAGUUCUCACAGGCCAUGAGAUCUUGUCUUCUAAGAGCGCUCUUGAGGUCAACGCAAUGAUCGAUUGGGCAACAGACAAGCUUAUCACUAGUCGCAUCCGCCCCAUUGAGACGAAUGACCUAUUUGUUGGAGACAAGACGUAUUUGCUGGUCGGCCUUGCUGGCGACAUGGGCCGUUCGAUCGCUCGAUUUAUGGUUGAGCGUGGCGCGCGCCAUCUUGUACUGUCCAGUCGUGUCCCCAAGAUUGACCAACGUUGGAUCGACGAUAUCGCUCGUUCUGGAGGCAGAGUAAUGGUACUUCCCAUGGAUGUCUCCAACGAAGCGUCAGUCGACAAAGGCCUGGCAGAGGUGCGUGCAUCGAUGCCUCCAAUCGUCGGAGUGGCGUUUGGGCCGCUCCUGCUCCAGGACGUCAUGUUCAAGAACAUGGAACUCUGGAUGAUGGAGAUGGUCCUGGCACCCAAGGUAACAGGGGUUCGCCUGUUAAACGAGCGUUUCUCUGAUCCGGCAAACCCGCUGGACUUCUUCGUCAUGUUCUCAUCUAUCGUGAUGGUUGUAGGGAACCCGGGACAAGCCGCAUACAGCGCUGCAAAUGCGUAUCUCCACGCGAUAACCAAGCAAAGACGCGCUCGCGGCAUGGCCGCAUCGACUAUCGAUAUCGGUGCUGUCAUUGGAGUAGGCUUCAUUUCCCGUGCUGGGCGUGAGAGUGAAUCCCAAACCCGCAAGUUCCUCGCCGACGAGGUCAAGGAGUGGGAGCUCCAUGCGCUCUUCGCGGAAGCCGUUGUGGCAGGCCGAAAUCAGGAGAUCGACGACGUGGAACUUGUUACUGGCAUGGUCCACAUGGAUGAGAAAGAGCGAGAUCGAAUUCCUUGGUAUAACGACCCGCGCUUUGCCGCAUUCAAGUUGUCUGAUCGUCAUACCGCUGGCAACGCAGCCACUGGAGCUGUCGAAUCCCUCAAAGAUCAAUUGACAAAGGCCGAAACUCUGGAUCAGGUCCGCACCAUCAUCCUUGAAGGCGUGUCAAUUAGAAUUCGUGGAGCCUUGCUGCUCGCUGCGACCGACGAGCUGAAUCUGACAGCUCCUUUGAUUGACCAGGGAGUGGACUCUCUCAGCGCGGUGACGGUAGCCUCGUGGUUUGCCAAGAAUCUCAACCUCGACGUUCCUUUAUUGAAGAUUCUAGGCGGCGCCUCAGUGUCCGACUUGGUUGACGAUGCUGUCUCUCGCCUGAGUGUCGACUUGAUUCCACUGGUUGAUUCUGGAUCUCGAGAGGACGGGGUGCAAAUGGCCGAGAGCGUACCGCCAAUCGCGCCGUCAGAGACCGUCGGCACGUCUUCCAGUGACGGAUCUACUUUCUCUGCUGAACACAAUGGCGACAUACCAACGCCGCUAUCCCAAACUUCUCAAGCCGACGACGGUUUCCAGCACGUGGGACCGCUUUCCAUCAUGCAAGAGUACACGUGGAAGCAGAUGCAACUUCCUCUGGAUCCAACCACCUUCAACAGCACCAUUGGCAUAUACAUGCAAGGCCCUCUCGAUCUAAGUCGCCUCAACUCGGCUUUUGAUCAGGCUCUGCGGCGCAGUGACGCAUUUCGUACGUGUUUUAUCUCUGAUCCGGACUCCUCCUUUGAGCGGCCUAUGCAGGCAAUCAUGAGAUUACCCCGAAACUCCUUUCAAUCCUACAGAGUUGCAGACAGGAACGCUGCCGACCAAGCAUUCAAGGACCUCCAAAAGGUUAGGUACGAUCUAGAAAAAGGGGAGACGCUCAAGAUCAUCGACUACUUCUGGACGCCCACCGAUCACCUUCUGGUCAUUGCCUACCAUCGCCUCGUUGGCGACGGCUGGACCACCGAGCACCUUUUUGUCGACGUUAGCCAGCUCUAUAGCGGCCUGCCGCUCGAACCAGCCCCUAGCUACGUCGACUACGCGAUCCGCCAGCGUUCACAGCUCACAUCGGGCGCCUUUGAUGCCGACCUCACUUAUUGGUCCGACCUUUUUCGAACCCUGCCACCCCGCCUACCUGUCCUCUCCCUCGCCUCCACCAACCUGUCCAACUCGACACCUCUCGACUGGACCUCGCACGAAGCCACUGCAAGGCUCAACCGCAUGGAGGCAGUGCGCAUCAAGGACCGCAGCCGCAAACGGCAAGCCACUCCAAUGCACUUCUACCUCACCUCAUUCUACAUCCUCCUCGCCCGGCUGACUGCCUCCACCGAUAUCGCAAUUGGCGUUGCCGACGCUGGUCGCGCCUCUCUCAUCGAUCAAGCCACAAUGGGCUUCUUCGCUUCCUACCUCCCUGUGCGCCUGCCCUACGACCCCGGCCAUACUUUCAACGAAGCACUUGGCGCCAUUAAAGAGCAAAUGCGCGCCGCCCUCCUCCACAGUGCCGUCCCCUUGCCCUCCAUUCUCGACCGCCUCGGUCUGCCCAUUAGCCCAAGCGCCGAUGACCCCUCUUCCCAUGCGCCACUCUUCCAGGCCAUCUUCGACUACAAGCAAGGCCAGACGGAAAGCGGAAGCAUCGGCGAGGCGAAGAUGGUCGAGACUAAUAUCCCACGAGCGGGGACGCCGUAUGAUAUCACAUUGCAGAUUGGGGAUGAUCCGAGCAAAGGGGAGCCGGUGAUUACGGUGAAGCUGCGUAAGGAGCGGUAUGGGUUAGGAGCCGCCGAGGCGGUGAUUCAGGCAUACCUGUCGAUCCUGAACACCUUUUCAAGGAAUCCCGUUCUAAGGGUUACGGACGGAACGUUAGAUCACGGUGCUAUCGCAAGGAGUUGA